GCAGUGUGAUCUCAAGGAAGCUUACAUGCUGCGUACAGCCAGUUCGAGUCGGUGUCGGGAACGCUGCAUUUCGUUCAAAGAUACUGGCUCGAACCGUCCAACUCGGCCGCGUAACGAAGCAUUUCCACGCUGGCAACAGUUCCUACAUUCCUCCCAAGCUCGGUGUAGAACAGAAAAUCUCGGGAUGGAAAAUCAUCACCGAGAUGGCUCGCUAUAUUUGGCCGAAAGACAAACCUAAUAUCAAGAGAACCGUGGCGCUGGCGCUCGGACUCUUGGUAGCCGCUAAACUAGUGAACAUCUCUGUGCCCUUCAUGUUCAAACACCUGAUCGAUUUCCUCAAUGAAAACACUGGAAACAAGCUGAACUUCGACAGCGUGCCCAGUGCCGUCGCAUCGACCGCCUUCGCAUUGGUUGUCGGAUAUGGUUUGGCGCGGGCUGGAGCUGCCGGCUUGAAUGAGCUCCGCAGCGCGGUGUUCGCCUCAGCCGCUCAACAUUCGAUCCGUUCAAUGGGGAGGAAACUCUUCAGCCAUCUACAUGAUUUGGAUCUCGGUUUCCAUGUUGGCCGUCAGACUGGAGCACUGUCCAAAGCCAUGGAUCGCGGAACCCGGGGCAUUAACUUUGUUCUGUCCGCCUUGGUCUUCAACGUGGCGCCAACCUUGCUGGAAGUCACGCUCGUCAGCACUAUCCUGUGGUACAAGUGUGGAGGUCAAUUCGCCGCCGUAACUUUGGGGUGCAUUGGAUCUUACGCCGCCUUCACCCUGCUCGUGACACAGUGGAGAACGCAGUUCAGGAUUGACAUGAACAAAGCCGAUAACAAAGCCGGAUCUCGUGCCGUCGAUUCUUUGAUCAAUUAUGAAACUGUGAAGUAUUUCAACAACGAGAAAUACGAAAUCAAGAUGUACGACGAAAUCCUGAAAGAUUACGAGAAGGCAUCUCUGAAGACGACGACUUCGCUCGCGGCGCUCAACUUCGGACAGAACGCGAUUUUCAGCACUUCAUUGGCAGUUAUCAUGUAUCUCGCCUCGGAGUCCAUCCUAGCCGGCACGAUGACUGUCGGAGAUCUCGUCAUGGUCAAUGGACUCCUCUUCCAAUUGUCGUUACCGCUGAAUUUCCUCGGUUCGGUGUACCGGGAAGUGCGGCAAGCGAUCAUCGACAUGCAAACCAUGUUUGCGCUCACAGAGAUGAAAUCGAUGAUCGAAAGUUCCAAGGACGCACCCCAUCUAAGUAUCUCCAAAGAACGAGCCAACAUCGAAUUCGAGAAUGUCACCUUCGGUUACAUCGCAGAUCAGCCGAUUCUGCGGAACGUUUCCUUCAAGAUCCCCACCGGGAAGAAAGUGGCGCUGGUUGGCGGCAGCGGGAGCGGGAAGUCAACCACCGUGCGUCUCCUGUAUCGAUUCUUCGAUCCCAUCGACGGUCGCAUCCUCAUUAAUGGACAAGAUAUCAAAGACGUCAACCUCGACAGUCUUCGUCGUGGAAUUGCGGUUGUACCUCAGGACGCCGUGCUCUUCCACAACACGAUCCGUUUCAACCUACAAUACGGAGAUCUACAGAGGAGCGAUGCAGAGGUAGAGGAAUCCGCUAGGAUGGCUGAAAUUCACGAUGCCAUCACCGGUUGGCCGAAAGGUUAUGAAACGCAAGUCGGCGAACGGGGACUGAAACUUUCCGGCGGCGAAAAGCAGCGCGUAGCCAUCGCGCGGGCGAUACUCAAGAAUUCCCCAAUUUUGGUAUUCGAUGAAGCCACGAGCUCCCUCGACUCAAUAACUGAACAGAAAAUCAUGAAAGCCCUGAGGAGAGCGGCUACGGGGAAGACUACGCUGUGCAUAGCCCAUAGACUCUCGACGAUUGCGGAUGCGGAUGAAAUUUUUGUUCUAAAGGAUGGAACCCUUAUCGAGUCUGGAACUCAUCAAAGUCUCUUGAGAAAACCUUCGUCUUUCUACGCGUAUCUCUGGAAUCAGCAGCACCUCACGAUGUUCUGAUCAUUGUUUCCGUAUUGUUUGGACGCAUUUCCGGAAUGCGAAGAAGGACUAUGCUAAGGAAUCUUAGUUCGUCGAUUUUCCGAUUGAAAGUCUGCCGGUUUCGCUGUCGAGAGGGUAAGGGUCCAACUCAGUCCAUUCCCCGCCCCCGUGCCAAGGCCCUUGAGCAUCUGUUCAUAGAGCUCGGCUCCCAAGUUCCGAACGGAGGCUGCCAGGCUGACUGCCAUGAUCGAGGGCCGGAAUCGUCCGCGAGAAAGAGUAGUUCGUCCUGUGAGAUGAGGCAUAACUGUGAAAUGUGUUUUGUAUCUUACGUUGAAGUAAAAUUGUU